AUACUACUUGUUCCUGGUUCCCUCAGCAAUCUUCUGUUUCAAUGUUUGAUUCUCCGAAUAUAAACAAGUUUUUCGAAGCGGGCAAUCAGCAGAGUACGCUUAUAGCUUCAUUAGUGUCGUACGUGGUGUACAACAUCUUACUUUUGAUUGUGACAAUCUGGCCUGCUUUCGCUACGCUAAGUCUAGGCUUAUAUUAUGGAGCCAUUUUCUACGGUAUCAUCAAUAGAAGAAGGGUCUUACUAGUAGCAGGUACGAUAGCGCAGGGCAUAGCGACUCUAACGCUGUUUGGUCUUUUCAUAUAUUUCAUGGUAGAAGUCUGUCGCUCGCAAACUCAAAUUUUCAACAAAUAUAACGUCUCCAAAGGGUACACUAUUGCUAUGAUGAUUGAUACCAUCUUAACUACUGCAAUUCAUCUACUAGCACUCUACUACUGUAUCAAAGAAUGCAGGCCAAAGGACGAAUCGGAAGAGCCACCCAUUGCGGCUAUGGCAAUAAAUACAGAGCUGGAUUAUCCUCAACCGUUGGAUAUACCGCAUCUACAAACAAAACUAUGCAAUAGGGGUGUCAGUGGAAUACGAGAAGUACACUUUCCUGACUACGUUGGUCAACCACCAGUACCGCAUCAAAAUAUUUCUGACUUUAUUACACGAGAACACCAACUCUAUGGCAACGACAAUCUAUCCACAAUUUCCAACGAGGACACUGCGAAUGUUAACUACACUCGGGGAUAUAAGUUCUACGUUAACGUGGAUCAGGGCACGUUGUAUGAAGGCCUUGCUGAUGGUCGCAUGCGAGCAAAACUUGAUUACAGUGGCUUAAAGUGAAGACUGAGUUAUAGAAUUUUGAUUCGUGAAAGCGUUAUAAGUUUUCAUUUGAAACAUCUCGGAUUUCCUUCUAGAAACGAUUACCCUGAUCUUACGACUACAAGACGCACCUUCUUGGAUUUUUUUUUGAGCGAGCUGCUCUCGCUCAGCCGCCUCUUUGGGUUGCGCAGACUUACAAAAAACUAACGAAACUUACACCACACGAUACUCUAAAGCAAUACGCAGCACUGUAUAGGGUCCUUCGGUCGCGAAAUUUUUGGUGUGUUCAGGCUGGCUGAAUUUAGAAAAAAAACAGGUGCGUCUUGUUGUAAAAUUGGGGUACAUAAAUUCAUCAUGUGGUUUUGAAUUCGUUGCGACUAAGGAAAAGCCUCCCAGAUAGCAUUUGUAUAAUAUCUUUCCAGUCUCAUUAUUACGUGUUCUUGUGUUUUCGCCUUUUGUCACGCUCAUUAUUGUUGCCAGAUAUGGCUUUCAUCUAAUCAGUCUACCACUUUCAAACCAUUUGCAGUGUAUAACGAAAUGCAUGAACACAAGGAACCUUACAACAGUCACUCAUGCGCGUCUUUUUGUAACAGUCUCGGCUCAGUCCAUAGAUUCUUAGCCACAAAACAGAUCCUACUAUUUAUAUUGUCACUUUAUUCAGAGAGCUUAUUGAUGUUAUCUUGGAGAAGGUAAAAGCA